GAACCACCGCUGUAGACACAUGAAGGGGGUGGGGGAAGAGGCAAGUACGCAACCACUCAGGGCAGACGGGUACUGGAGCAAAAUAUUCAUCCUCACUUAACAUGUCAAUCAGGAUUAAUGCCCUUACAAACCUCGCCUUUAGGUUCAUCCAGCUCCUUUCACUAGUGGAAGUACCGAAGCCAGGGCAGAGGCGGUAAUAUAUAAGGCAGGACAGGACAGGAACACAACACUAAAGCCCAGCGGUUUCAGUAGCGCACACCACGGAGCGUCGCCUGGACUUGUGUUCCACGUCUGUGCGUCUCUAGCAGUGGCUGACAGGCGUAAUGACCAAUCACUCACACAUUUUGAGUGCGUGAUGCAUGUCGACUAACAUGUCAGAGCUCCUUGAAGUCACAUAGUUCUGCUUUUUUAUACAUACAUAUAUUUUCUCCGCCAGUGGAUUACUCAUGCAGCAGUGUCUGAGGCUGCAGAUAAGAUUGUUUGCAUGCGGAUAAACUUGCAAGAGCUCACGAGUCGUUGUUUCGGCACCGUUGGAGGAUAUCAGUUGUUGCACGUAAACUUGCAGCGUAAACAUUUAUACUUGAGCCCGUGAGCACCGCGCGAGAUGGAGCUGAAGAGCGCGUGUCGUAUGUUUCUUUUCCCGGUUCAGAUGCUCUAUUAUAUAGUCAGAGCAAGUUUGUUCUCGCUGUUGCCAAGCAGAAGGAAGGAUCUGACCAAGGAGGUGGUAUUGAUCACCGGUGGGGGACGAGGCAUCGGGCGUCACCUGGCCAAAGAGUUUGCCAAGCAGGGGGCCAGAAAGGUGAUCUUGUGGGGCCGAACAGAGAAGUGCCUCAAAGAAACAGCUGAAGAGAUCUCACUCUCAGGAACAGAGUGCCAUUACUUCCUGUGCGAUGUGGCCAAUCGGGAGGAAGUUUACAAACAAGCCAAGGUGGUUAGAGAAAAGGUUGGAGAUGUUACAAUAUUAGUGAACAAUGCAGCUGUAGUCCACGGCAAAAGUCUGAUGGACAGUGAUGACGACGCCCUUCUGAAAUCCCAACACAUCAACACCAUGGGACAGUUCUGGACUACAAAGGCCUUCCUGCCUCGCAUGCUGGAGCUGCAGCACGGCCAUGUAGUAUGCAUAAACUCUAUCCUGUCCCAGUCUGCCAUCCCUGGGGCCAUAGACUACUGCACCUCCAAGGCCUCAUCACUGGCCUUCAUGGAGAGUCUGACGCUGGGCCUGCUGGACUGUCCUGGCGUUGGCUGUACCACCGUUCUUCCUUUCCACACCAACACGGAGAUGUUCCAGGGCAUGAGAGUCAGGUUUCCCCAGCUCUUUCCUCCUCUUAAACCUGAGGUAGUUGCUCAGAGGACUGUGGAUGCAGUCAGAGCUGACAAGGCCUUCCUCUACCUGCCCUGGACUAUGCAUGCGCUUGUCAUUCUAAAAAGCUUCAUGCCACAAGUUGCACUUGAAGAAAUCCACAGGUUUUCUGGGAGUUAUACCUGCAUGAACACGUUCAAAGGAAGGACAUGAACCUGGAUUGCGCACAAUGUGAGAGCGACCUCAAUAGCUCUGAGAUGUAAUGAAGGAAAUAUGGACCUUAAGACAUCUGGAAGUGGAGGAGGCCCCAUGAUAGUGUGAAGAGAAACACUUAGGGGACAUGCAAGGUGGUUGCUUCUGCAGGUAGAAUUAAUUGAUAAACUGCAGGAUACACCGUGGUCCCAUUUGUAUGUAUGUGUGUGCGCAUGUGUAUAGUAUGGAGAACUGAAUGCCAUUCUCACUUUGAACAGAAGCCAUGCAUAGGUCUGUACCAGUAGUUAUUUUGGAAGUUUUUGUGACACUUGUUUUAGUCUGUUUUUACACAUCUUUUUUUAUUCUCCUUUAAAUGUGUCUUUGAAUCAAAACAAGAUAAUAAAAUGGAGUUUUAGAGA